GAAUCGAUUCUGCUCACUGUUCAGCCUCGGCGUAGUUUCAUUUGCCUCGCCCAUCGGGAGCCUGUUGAUGCUCUGUAGCCAUCCAUUCGCAGAUCUUAACCUGGAAAAGGUGAGAGGAAGCACAGCUGGAUCGUGUGUGCUGUGCUUCUGCCACCCGGCGCAACAGCAGAAGGCUGCUGGAGGCGACGUCGUUGUUCCCAUAGCAACCGCUUUGUUUACUUUCCGUGCUCUUCGGAGCCUCCUCCUGCAAUAUUCAGUCGCACCUUUGAAAAAACAAAGCUCUGUGCUGCUGCUGAGCCUAAGGCUGGAAGACAACUGGCAGCGAACACCACCACCCCUCUGUGAAGGGGACGUGGACGUGACACUGCCUGAGCUACUCCCUGGAAGCAGCCCGGCCUAGGAGCAGCACCAGCCAAGAGGUGUUCCACGUUCCAAAAACUGACCUGUGCUAUAUCCAGAAUCUUCCCAAAACUCAAUGGCCAGACUGCUGCAAGCUCCACCCAAGUUUCUCCCCUCAGAAUGGGACCUUGCAAACCAGAUGCAGCGUGCCAGCACGGAGUCUCAGAAGUGCAGGUCAGAGCGCACGGUAGCAGAGAGUCAAAGGCUGCUGGAGGAAAUAGAAAGGACAACUCAGAAAACCCAGAGCGAUGUCAACAAGAAAAUAGAACAGAGACAGGAAGAAGUAAAAUUCUGGAAGCAAGAACUGGAUAACAAACUUGAACAAAUUGUUCAUGAGACAGAGGUUCUGUUGACUUUUAAGACCAGGCUGGAGAAAUCUUUGGAGAGCUGCCAGGAGCCACUUGUCAUUGCCCAAAAGUGUCUCCUGAACAGGCAGAGGCGACUUGGCAUUGACUUGGUGCAUGAUGAAGUGGAACAGGAGCUGGUGAAGGAAGUGGAAGUCCUCCAGGAGGUUAUUGCUUUGCUUGGACGGACAUUGGAACAAACCAAUGAGCAGAUCAGACUGAACCGUUCAGCAAAAUACAACCUGGAAAUGGAUCUGAAGGACAAGUUCACAGCUCUGAUGAUUGAUGAUUACUGUGCUAACCUGACCAACAACACUCCCAAUAUCAGCUACUCUGACACUGCAGUUAAAACAGAAUGGAACUUUGUUAGCCCUGAAGACUGGGUGGAUUUCUCCACCAUCAACAUUGAGAAGGCUGACAAGCAGAGGAACAACUCCUUGGCACUGCGGGCAUUGAUCGAUGCCAUCCUCUCACAGACAGCCAGCGACCUGCGCAGGCAGUGCCAGGUGGUGAAUGCUGCAUUUACAAACAGGGUGAAGGAGGUCAAGGAUGCAAAGCACAAGCUGGAGACACUGCUUGCAAUGGUGCUGGAUGAGGUUGCCUCACAGGAGAAGAACAUUGCAGCCUUGAAGAAAGCAAUUGCUGACAAAGAGGGACCUGCUAAAGUGGCUCAAACUCGCUUGGAUGCAAGAAACCGCCGGCCCAACGUGGAGCUGUGUUAUGACCCAGUGCAGCACAAGCUGACCAGAGAGGUCCAGGAGAUCACAACAAACAUUCAAAGAUUACAGGACACGCUGGCACAGGCUGAGACGGCCUUGAAAGGUCUGAGCCGCCAACAGCUUUCCUUGGAGGAGGAGAUCCAGGUCAAGGAGAAUUCCCUGUACAUUGAUGAAGUGCUCUGCAUGCAGAUGAGAGAGUCUGUUUGCAUUAACAACUUCUGAAGGCAUCAUAUGGCAGAUGUGCUGCAGAGGGCCAGCUCCUGCUGGAGUCCUAUUGACAAACCUCCGGAGUCAUUUGCUUUGGCUCAACGCUGACCUGGUUCUAGGUGUGUGAAGUAAUUAAAACACAGCUAUUAAUUACA